CACAUUUUCCGCAAAAGAUGGUCAAAAAGUAAGAAAAGUUUUGUGAAUAUCGUGAAUAUUAUCCAAGUGUGGAUAAUUUUUCUAAAUAAUUUACUGUUUUAAUAGAAAUCGAAUUGAAAUUUUACAAUUUAUUAUAUAGUCGAUCAUAACCUAACUUUUUUAUUCGGCGCAUUCGUAUUAGAAUCAUUAGAAUGUCACUAAAAUUGAACGAUUGAACUAAAAUAAAUUACCAAGUCUAGAAACGUAUAUGUAACCAUAAAUGUUAUUGUUCUUUUUGGAGAAUAACACGGGAACAAGAUUGCACGGAAAUUUAUUUGCUGUUUGCUGGGCAAUACCUUCUAAACGUAAAAGUUUAGAGACUACCUGCAACAAACAUGAUUUCCCAAGUAUUUUUUAUAAACACCUGCCACUAAUAAUUAUCGUAAAUUAUCAACAUUUUUUUUUUUAUAAAUAUUGUAUCCGUCAGUAACUUGAUUUAAUCGAUUUAAUCUUAUUCGUUUACUGUAUGAAAAGUGUCGGCUAUUUUUGAGAGAACAAUUAUUACACAGUGAUUAUUACAUUCGAAUGAAAAGAAGAGUUUUUAAUUGAGAAAAUGUCUCAUCAAAUUCUCAAUACUGGCAACAAUGAUUACCACAGUGAUCUUUUAACGAAAUAUCACUCAAUAUCAGCAAAAUUAAAAAAACGAUUUUUGAGAAAACCGAAUGUCACAGAAGCUAGUGAACAAUAUGACAAUUUGGCAGUUGAAUGUGAGCAAAAGGAAUUGUAUCAAUAUGCUGGCUUAUGUUGGUUAGCGGCAGCACGUUGUCAAGGCACAUUAGGAAAUGUUUUGACGGAAAUAAAUUUCUUAAUAAAAUCAGGACGAUCAUUUAUCACUGCUAAAAAUAAAAAUAAUCAAAGCGGAUGUUCCUAUUCAGGACAAGAGAACUUGCAGGCCGCAAUAAAUUGUUUUGGACAUGCAUUGACACGCUGUCAAAGUCAAGAAGGUUUCAGUAUGAUGUCCGCAAGUCUAGCAAUGGAAUUGGCAUCUGCUUUGGAUAUUAAUGGCAUUCCAAAUUUGCGUAAAUCCAUCGAAAUUCAUCCAACAUUAAGGGCAAUUAAUACACUUUCGUCCUAUUAUAUUAAGCAAGGUGAUUAUGCCAGUGCUCUUCAAGUUUUAACGGAAUUGGUCGAGUUUUUAACGGCAAAUAAUGUCAGUGCAAGAACAUCCGGAAGUUACAUGUCAAUUUUGCAAAGGUGUGAAAUUACGAGAGUAUUGCUUUUGCUGAUUUUGCAACCAACUCCACAAAGAUUGUCACCUUCGCAAGCUCAAGUUUUGGAAAAAUAUGCCUGGAUAGAAGAAAAUUCUAAUAUCGGCUUCAGAAUGGGCGAAAAUGAAAUGCUAUUGCUGCAAUCUUUAGUGUUAGCCUGUCAAUCUCGUGAUUAUCAGGCUUUAGUGGAAUUAGAAGGUGAAUUGUGGAGUUUUAUGGAUAUAGAGCAGAAAGGAUUGUUAAACAAAUUGGUACAAACAUUUAAUAAAGAUUAAUUAUGAAUAUUA